AUGGAUCCUCUGGAGAUUUUGGAGUCUAGAUGUGAGAAGGUCUCCAGGAAGUCGCAAGGUUCCGGAGAAUCCCCAAAAGAUCUCGGUGACGCCAAGCCCAGAGUCAAGUCCGUCCAGGAAUUUACCUAUUCUGCUACAGCCCCUCUCGAAUCUCCAGCAAGAGACGAGGACGAAAGCUUAAAGGGGAACAGGGACAGAAAAGUUGGCAAAACGGCCGGGGCUACACACUCCUACUCCAAGCUCAAGGUCGCCAAGAGCUACGAAAAGCGACACGACCGUGAGAAAACCGACGAGUAUGGCCGAAGACUGAGGCCAGCAAGUCACAAGAGAGAUAAAGGAGGCGGCAGGGAGGCAGACCGCAGAUCCUACCGUCGCGAGGAACGGAGCAGAGAUUCAAGAGGCCCCUACGCAGAAACAAAGACACAAGACAGGGACAAAGGGGAGCCAUUUGUCUCCGCAAUUGACAGAAUGGCCCUUAGAAGGGAAGAGCUCCUCAAGAAGCACUCCCAAAGGUUCAUAGACGACGUUAAACUUGUAAGGGAAUCGCAAGAGUAG